AUGGAGCAAAACAAUGACACUCAAGUGACUGAAUUCAUCCUCCUGGGAUUUGCUGGUCAACACAAGUCUUGGCAUAUCCUCUUCAUAGUAUUUCUAGUGAUCUAUGUGGCCACCCUAGUGGGUAAUAUUGGGACAAUCCUACUCAUCAAGAUUGAUUCCUGCCUUCACACCCCUAUGUAUUUUUUCCUCCAACACUUGGCAUUUGUUGAUCUCUGCUACACCUCUGCUAUCACCCCCAAAAUGUUGCAAAACUUUGUAGGGACAGAAAAGUCCAUCUCAUUCAUAGGAUGUAUGGUGCAAUUACUAGUCUACGGUACUUUCGCAACAAGCGAUUGCUAUAUCCUUUCAGCAAUGGCAGUAGACCGAUACGUGGCUAUCUGUCACCCACUCCGCUAUCCAACACUCAUGUCCCACAGAGUCUGCAUUCUACUCUUAGUUGGUUCAUACAUCAUGGGUUUCCUAAAUGCCUCUGUAAAUGUAAGUUUUAUUUUCUCACUGAACUUUUGCAAAUCCAAUAAAAUUAACCACUUUUUCUGUGAUGAACCCCCAAUUCUUGCCCUCUCAUGCUCCAACACUGAUUUAAACAUCAUGCUCAUAAUGGUCUUUGUGGGGAUUAACUUGACAUUCACUGUGUUGGUUGUCAUCUUUUCCUACAUACAUAUCCUGGCUGCCAUCCUGAGGAUAUCUUCUGCUGCAGGAAAGAGAAAAGCCCUCUCCACAUGUACCUCCCACCUGACAGCGGUCACCAUUUUCUAUGGGACUCUGUCUUACAUGUAUCUACACCCUGGGACCAAUGAGUCUCAGGAGCAAGAAAAAAUGGCUUCCGUGUUUUAUGGCAUUAUAAUCCCCAUGUUAAACCCCCUCAUCUACAGCCUGAGAAACCAAGAUGUGAUGGAAGCCCUAAAAAGGAUUGGAAAGACGUGCUUCUAG